AGCAAGGCGUCAGCUGACCAUUGUGGGAACACCGAGUGACACCUGUCCGUGUGGCCGACACACGGCGACCACCACCGGAGACGCCUCCGAGCUCUUUACCCGGGUUUAGAAGCGGAGCACGGAGCCGGCACCAGCAUGGCGGCCGAAAUCGAGCCGCGACCGCAGGUUCGGAAACCAUGUUUGCUUAGCAAGAUCGAGGCUUUCCAAGAUGUGGUGAGCGCGGCGGUCAUCAUUCCCAAGGAAGACGGCGUCAUCAGCGUGUCCGAGGACAGAACAAUUCGUGUUUGGCUGAAGAGGGACAGCGGUCAAUACUGGCCCAGUGUCUACCACACGAUGCCAUCCUUGUGUUCCUGCAUGACCUUUAACCCCGAGACCAGGAGGCUAUUGGUGGGGGUGGACACCGGGAGCAUCUGUGAAUUCAUCUUGGCGGAGGAUUACAACAAGAUGACACCAGCACAUUCCUACCAGGCCCACCAGGGCAAAGUGACGGUGGUUCUGUUCGUGCUGGAGAUGGAGUGGCUCCUCAGCACAGGUCAGGACAAGAAGUUCACCUGGCACUGCUCCGAGAGCGGCCAGCAGAUGGGCACCUACCACACUGCAGCCUGGGUCUCUGGACUACAAUUUGACGUGGAGACGAGGCACGCUUUUGUCGGCGACCAGUCGGGUCAGGUGACCAUCCUGAAGCUGGAGCAGGACAGCUGCAGCCUGGUGACCACCUUUAAGGGUCACACCGGUCACGUGACUGCGCUCUGCUGGGACCCGUCCCAGAGGGUCCUGUUCUCAGGAAGCUCAGACCACUCUGUCAUCAUGUGGGACAUUGGAGGACGCAAAGGCACCGCCAUCGAGCUGCAAGGACACAACGACAAGGUCCAGGGAUUGUGUUACGCCUCACACACACGCCAGCUCAUCUCGUGCAGUGCGGACGGCGGCAUCGUCAUCUGGAACAUGGAUGUCACCAGACAGGAGACUCCAGAGUGGCAGGACAGUGACUCCUGUCAGAAGUGUGAGCAGCCGUUCUUUUGGAACUUCAAGCAGAUGUGGGACAGCAAGAAAAUAGGCUUACGUCAGGGGUCGGGAACCUUUUGGGCAAAGAGAGCCACGAAAGCCACAUACAGUAUGUAAAAAUGUAUUUCCAUGAGAGCCAUGUCAUAUCGUUUAACACCGAAUACAACCAAAUGUGUGUAUAUUUAACAAUUUUAGACUGCAAUAAGUCUCUGAAUGUAUUCUUUUUAAUAGUGCUGUUAUAUGGAAGCUAACCAACAAUAAAUAAAUGACUUUUUACCAUUAAUGCCACUUCUGGUGCUGCAUGCUUUUGCGCCCUGCUCCGUAUCUUUCUUUCUUUUCCUUUUUCGUCAAAAGGGUCGUCUCUGCACAAUUAGCUAGCUGACUAUUUGAUUAAAGGAGGGACGCCCCCAAUAAUAAAGUUUUGGUGUCUGACACGGGAAACUUGGGAAGGACAGCUGGCAUUGCGCUAGAGAAUCAAAUGGAUGGAUUAAAAUGAAAAUAAAUUUAGAAUGUUAUUUUUAACACUGUGAUUUCUGUACUGUUUUACUUUAAAAUGUCAGGAAAACAAAUGAAAAUAAACACAUUUGAUGAUGUUAAGAAAUGUCUGAGAGCCAGAUGCAGUCAUCAAAAGAGCCACAUGUGGCUCCCGAGCCAGAGGUUCCCUGGCCCUGCUCUACUGUAUUCCAUGCACUCUCAAGAUAUAAACACGGCUGAAAGGUUUAGCUGAGAACUUCUGGAAAAAACUCUGCAACUCUGCUCCGUUUCCAUGCAAUGUGACGUGCAUAUUAGCAAGCUACAGCGACAUUAACAUGAUUUUUAUUAUUAACAUUGUUACGCCGAUCGAACUACGUUACUGCCGUAUUGACACCUUGCCACACCAUCCCAGCUAGCUAUUAGCCGGCUAGCAACGAGCUUCACCACACACCCGCAGUGCCUCAAAGCUACGCACUGGAGCUGUUGCUACUGCUGCUUUGUUUUUAUUGUGGAGUUUGGAAGAGUUAACGCCAGGUGUGGGCAUUCCUUUCCAUGUUGCUAAGUGAAAUCAAUGAGCCCAUGAAGGAAGUUCCGCUAAUGCUUAAAAGGACCAAAAUACUGCAAGUAUUCCAUGUUAUCAUGAAUGUACCUGUUACUACACGGUGACAGCAUGGAUGGAAAACCAUCCAACCUUGUAGGAGGCGGGCUUUUUAGGGCGGCAUAGGUGUGUCCCAUUAUGUGCAGUAAUGAGCUCUCUUUGUAUCUGUUUUUACAUCUUUGGAAGGCACAGAAAAGAGAAAGAUGUGUGUUAAUGUCUCACGUAAGGAUUUUGGAUGAUGGGGAAAAAAAAGUGCAGUUUUCCGUGAAGUGGCAUGCAAGUGUAAAAAGAAGAGAAGCAAUAAUAACAGCAGGGGUGUAACGGUAUGACAUCAUCACGGUUCGGUGCGUGCCUAGCUUUUAAGGUCACAUUUACGGGAACAAAAUGCAAAACAUAAAACUGCAUUCUCUUUACUAAUAGUCAACCACGAAGCAGCAAUGAUUCAUUUCUUUUAAAAGGAUGAAGCAGUGAAAGUGGAAGUGUAACGUGGCGAGUCAUUCUAUUGUUACAAUAUACCGAGGGCCAAGAAAAAGUCAUUCCAGACCGCAGACGUACUGAGCGAGCAAGCUUGUUGCUAUGAGGAGCAUGGUAUCACUCAUACUUGGCAGAAUUACCGAUACUGAUAUGAAGCGAUAUUGGCCAACAUGCCUACUCUGUGCGGUAGGAAAAAGGCAUGGUGAGUUCAGGUACCGUUACACCCCCGUCCAGUAAGAAGUGUGCAGUCACACUGGAGUUUUACCAAAAUCUCCACCCUCUCAUCGG